GUCCAAUGGAAAUUGUCAUCAAUGUAAUUGACCAAAAUGAUAAUAAGCCUCUGUUUACUCAAAAUCCUUUUAAUGGACAUGUUCAUGAAGCUGCUGGAAAAGAUUAUGAGUUUAUGACAGUCACAGCCACUGAUGCAGAUGACCCAGAAACGUACAACGGUAUAGUCAACUACGCAAUUGUCAGCCAAGAGCCACCAUUUCCAAAAGCAAACAUGUUUGAUAUCAACAUUUUAUCUGGAACCAUUCGUGUGCGAGAACCAGACAUGAACAGAGAGCAAUGGCCCAGAUAUACUUUGUUAAUUGUGGCUGCUGACAUGGAAGGAGAAGGUUUGUCAACCACUGGCACAGCUGUUAUUACAAUUACUGACAGCAAUGAUAACCCUCCUCAGUUUGAGCAAACUUCGCACGUCGUAUCUGUCCCAGAGAAUAAAGUAGGGGCUGUAGUGGCCAAACUUGCAGUUUCUGAUGGAGAUGAAGUUGGAUCACCGGCCUGGUCAACCAAGUAUCGCAUUAUUAGUGGUGACAAGGGUGGGUUUUUCAAUGUCAGUACUGGACCCACCCAGCUGGAGGGCAUCAUCACCACUGUUAAGCCCCUGGACUUUGAGAAGACCAAGCAGUACGUCCUGUCUGUGAUUGUUGAGAAUGAUGAUCUAUUUGUCGGUUCUUUGCCCACUUCCACUGCCACGGUCACAGUGAAUGUAGAAGACGUAAAUGAACCUCCUGAGUUUAAUCCAAAAGAGAAGGUUAUCUUCAAACCUGAAGAUGCACCAGUUGAUACUGAAUUGGUUACUUAUACAGCCACUGAUCCAGACAUUGGAAAAUCACAGAAGAUAAUGUAUAAAAUGGGCAAUGAUCCUGCUGGCUGGCUCAGUGUGUCUCCAGAGACUGGAGUGAUUAAAGUCAGAACCCUUAUGGAUAGAGAAUCCGUUUAUGUCAAAGAUGGAAAAUACAGAGCUAUCAUUUUGGCCGUGGAUGAUGACGCAUCUCCAGCAACUGGCACAGGAACCCUGAUAAUUGAAUUGGAGAAUGUAAAUGACAACGCUCCUGUGAUAAAUGAAAGGAAUGUAAGAGUUUGCAAUCGUGGAUCAGCCCCAGUUCUUCUCUCUAUAACGGACAAAGAUGGACCUCCUUUUGGUGCACCCUUUAGCGUUGAGGCCCAAGGAGAAACCAGUAAAAACUGGUCCACCUCAAUGAAUGACACAUCAACUGGUGUUUUUCUGCAUCUCAAGUCUCAAUUGGAGCAGGGGGACUACAAUGUAGUCCUGAGAGUGUUUGAUCAACAUAAGCUGUAUCAGGACAGCUCCAUUCAAGCAACUGUGUGUGACUGCACAGGAGAUGAAGUCCGGUGUUCUGACAAACUGGUAGCAGGGAUGCCACUAUCUGGAGUGCUUGGGAUCCUGGGAGGAAUCUUGGCUCUGCUGUUGCUCGUUCUUCUUCUGCUUUUGUUCCUGAGGAGGAAAAGCGGUACCAAAAAAGAACCCCUCCUUCCUGAAGAUGAUGUACGAGACAACAUCUACUAUUAUGAUGAGGAAGGCGGUGGAGAAGACGACCAGGAUUAUGAUCUGAGUGUGUUGCAUCGUGGCUUGGACAACAGACCUGAAGUGUUCCGAAAUGAUGUGGCACCCACUUUCCUGCCAGCACCUCAGUAUAGACCUCGACCAGCCAACCCUGAGGAGAUUGGGACGUUCAUUGAUGAUAAUCUGAAUGCUGCGGAUAACGAUCCUACAGCACCCCCCUAUGACUCCCUCCUGGUGUUUGACUAUGAAGGAGGAGGCUCAGAUGCAGGUUCACUCAGCUCCCUCAACUCUUCCAGCUCAGGACACGACCAAGACUAUGACUUCCUCAAUGAGUGGGGCCCACGCUUUAAGAAGCUGGCAGACAUGUUUGGCGGAGGAGAGGAUUAAGAUCCCCAUUUUAAGAUUUAAUUUACUCCCCUCCCUCCUCUGUGCAAGAGGCACAUUGGUGGUUUAUAAGUGCAAAAAUGAGAAUGGUGAUUUGCAUGUGUUUAAAGUUGGAACUGGUGUAAUAGCACUGUUCAUGCAUCAGCAUAAACAAAGAAUCUUUGACUUGAUGUGUUUUCUUUUAAUGGGAGCAGGUUUUUUUUUCUCAUCCUCUCUUUAAAUGAAGCUCCCAAUUGAAAAUACUUUGAAUAUUUGCUCUGAUUGCUCAGUGGGUAAGAAGCUAUAAUAUGGCAUGAGAUGUUUGUCCAAAGCUGUUUAACUGUAUAUUUUAUGUAAUGCUUUUUGUAACCUUUUGUUAACUAUGGCAUUAAAGAUUGAUCUAAAGCAUGAAUGAUACUGUAAAUUUACCAUUUUUGAAAAGCACUGAUUUUUCAAAAACUGUGAUAUUUGCAGGUGUCCUAUUUCUGUCCUUUUUCCACUCUCAGCUGCAAGGAUGUUCCUGACUUUUUUUGAAAAUGUUUUUCUUUUAUAUAGUUAUGAUUGUUUAGGCAUUGUUUUACACUGCAUAUUUUAUUAAACAAAUUACUUUUA